CGCAAACUUGUAGAACGUUGAAACCCCCCACUCACACGAAGUGUAUAUAUCCUCUUCACAACACAAACAUAAACAUUACUUCAAACAAAGACUUGAAAGAACUAUCUUUGUUUUCACUCAUAUCUUAUCUUUAUUAAAUGAUCCAUACACCAACCGGGUCGAGUCGUCGGAUUCUGACCUUUCCGGCGGUGAAUCCAUGCGAAUCGAUCUCUUUAACCACUCUCGUCGACUCACUUUUACAACUCGCCGGCGAGAUUCUUAGCUUCAAACCAAAACACUUCUCUACCAACAAAAGAAGUGUUAAAGAAACUCUCCGACAUGUUCAAACUCUUGUGAUCUUCUUUGAAGAGCUCCGGAUUCAAAUCCGAGUCGGGUCAAUACCGGCGGGUCGUUCGGUAAUCUUGAGCCUUUCAGAGCUUCACGUCAUCUUCCAGAAACUCAAGUUCCUACUAGACGACUGUACAAGAGAUGGAGCUAAGCUAUAUAUGUUAAUGAACUCCGGUCAAGUCUCGGCUCAUUUCCGGGAUUUGACCCGAUCCAUAUCCACUAGCCUCGACACGUUUCCAGUCAGGUCUGUUGACUUACCUGGAGAAGUUAAUGAGCUAAUCUAUCUAGUAAUGCGUCAGACUCGAAAAUCCGAAGCAAGACCCGACCGAGACGACAAACGAGCUAUAGACUCUGUUUAUUGGUUCUUUAAUCUGUUUGAGAACAGAAUUAAUCCGAAUUCUGAUGAAAUACUCCGAGUUCUUGAUCACAUUGGUGUAAGAAAAUGGAGAGAUUGUGUCAAAGAGAUCGAUUUUUUACGAGAAGAGAUCUCCGUGGGGAAGAAGAGUAACAUCGAAAUCGAGCUUCUCAGCAACUUAAUGGGGUUCAUAUGUUACUGCAGAUGUGUUAUACUUCGAGGCAUUGAUGUUGAUGAUGAAGAGAAAGACAAGGAAGAAGAUGAUUUGAUGAUGGUUCGAAGUUUAAACGUUGAUGAUCUUCGUUGUCCGAUUUCUCUAGAGAUCAUGAGUGAUCCAGUGGUUUUAGAAUCAGGACACACUUAUGAUCGGAGCUCUAUCACAAAGUGGUUCGCUUCCGGUAACAUUACGUGCCCUAAAACCGGUAAAACUUUGGUUAGUACUGUGUUGGUGGAUAACUUCUCUGUCAAGCAAGUGAUUCAAAGCUACUCCAAGCAAAACGGUGUAGUUAUGGGUCAAAAGGGGAAGAAGAAGGUGGAUGUGGCGGAGAGUUUAGCGGCGGAAGAAGCUGGAAAACUAACGGCGGAGUUUCUCGCCGGAGAAUUGAUCAAGGGAGACGAAGAAGAGAUGGUUAAAGCAUUAGUGGAGAUUCGAAUUCUCACCAAGACGAGUACUUUUUACAGAUCGUGUUUAGUGGAAGCUGGAGUUGUUGAAUCGUUGAUGAAGAUUCUUCGUUCGGAUGAUCCGAGGAUCCAAGAGAACGCCAUGGCUGGGAUUAUGAAUUUAUCGAAAGAUAUCGCCGGAAAAACUCGAAUCGUCGGAGAAGACGGUGGUGGAUUAAGGCUAAUCGUUGAGGUUUUAAACGAUGGUGCGAGAAGAGAGAGCAGACAAUACGCAGCAGCUGCUCUGUUUUAUCUAUCUUCUCUCGGAGAUUACAGCAGAUUGAUCGGAGAAAUCUCUGAUGCGAUUCCGGGAUUGGUGAGAAUCGUUAAAAGUUGCGAUUACGGUGAUUCAGCGAAACGCAACGCGUUAAUCGCGAUUCGGAGUUUGUUAAUGAACCAACCUGAUAAUCACUGGCGGAUCCUCGCCGCCGGAAUUGUUCCUGUUCUUCUAGAUUUAGUGAAAUCGGAGGAGAUUAGCGACGGAGUUACGGCGGACUCGAUGGCGAUUUUAGCGAAAAUGGCUGAGUAUCCCGACGGGAUGAUAUCAGUGCUCCGUCGUGGGGGAUUAAAACUCGCGGUGAAGAUAUUGGGUUCGUCGGAGGUUUCGCCGGCGACGAAACAGCAUUGUGUUGCUCUGCUUUUGAAUCUGUGUCAUAACGGCGGAAGUGACGUCGUUGGGUCUCUGGCUAAGAAUCCGUCUAUCAUGGGGUCGCUUUACACGGCGUCAAGUAACGGAGAGUUGGGAGGUGGGAAAAAGGCAAGUGCUCUAAUUAAAAUGAUCCACGAGUUUCAGGAGAGGAAAACCGGUCCGGGUGAACCGGUUCUAGAAAGAGAACGGUUUGUCCACGCCUGGUGAUGAUUUGAUGAUACACAAUAACUCUUUGAGCUUUUUUUUUAUCAAAGAGUUAAUAUAACUUCAUUUUUUAUAGGUUAAGGUUGAAAUACUAUAUUUUACAAUACUUGUGUAUAUUUUAGUUCUGGGAUUUUUAAUAACCCAAAGAGCUAUACUAUUGUAAUCAGUCUCUUGUUUUCAAAAUGUAAUGUAAUAAAGCAUUACCGAUUUUUGAACUAAAGUGAAGA